AUGGACCUUCCGCAGCAGCAGCUUUUGCCGCCCGCCUGCUUCUUCUCCGCGGCGGCGCAGAGCGUCCCGCUGAGCCCCGCCAAGGCGGCCAAGCGCUCCCGCUCCUCCUCGCCGGAGCUGCUGCGCUGCAAGCGGCGCCUCAACUUCGCCGGCUUCGGCUACUCGCUGCCGCCGCAGCAGCCGCACGCGGUGGCGCGCCGCAACGAGCGCGAGCGCAACCGCGUCAAGCUGGUCAACAACGGCUUCGCUACGCUGCGAGAGCACGUGCCCAACGGCGCCGCCAACAAGAAGAUGAGCAAGGUGGAGACGCUGCGCUCCGCCGUGGAGUACAUCCGCGCCCUCCAGCAGCUCCUGGACGAGCACGACGCCGUCAGCGCCGCCUUCCAGUCCGGCGUGCUGUCGCCCGGCAUGUCGCAGGGCUACGCCGCGGACAUGAACUCCAUGGCCGGCUCGCCGGUGUCCUCCUACUCGUCGGACGAGGCCUCCUACGACCCGCUCAGCCCGGAGGAGCAGGAGCUUCUGGACUUCACCAACUGGUUCUGAGCACCCCCCCAACCCCCGGCGGGUAAGACCUGCCUGCACCCUUCCACCCGCUCCGGAGCUCCGGGAACUUCUUCUCCCUCCCCCCCGCCCUGCAGGAGCGCGCAUCGGUCAGUUGCGGUCCAGGGCGGCCCCGGAGGAGAAGAAGAUGCUCGGCGAGGCUCCUCCUUGCAGGUUGCAAGAACCAGCAGCCACAAUUAAGAACCAGGGGGGGGGGGAAACAAAAAAAAGAGGAUUUUCCCAGAAAGGGACAAGCGGUAGAAAAAUGGAUGAAUUUUUUUUUUUUAGGCAGAAAAGACCCAAACUCCAAAUGCUUCCAAGUCGCGGAUCUACCCUCCGAGAUUCUUUAUCAUGCAAAUAUAUUUUUCUAUGUAAAAGAGAUUUAUCAACUUUUUUUUCUACACAUCUUUUGUAUAUAAAUAUCUAUAUCUAUGACGAUGUCCAG